GAGAGCAAAGGGGGGCGGGAACUAUCUUGGCGGUUUUGUAAUCUUCGCUGUCGCGCUUCCAGUCACGUCUCCAGCUGUGUGUGUUUUGUAAGCAACGGACAGGAAACAAAGGUAACGUUAGCGUAUGUACCGGUCGACCUUUGAACCGCGGAGGAGUUACACAACAUAGCUAGUCGGAAUAAAUGAUCCGGUGACCUACCGGCUGCGUCCCACUCUGUUUGUCUCCGACUGGGAGUGACCGCAGAGAUAAGGCGGCCCUGCCCGCUCCGUCCGCUUCUAUCUGAGCCCAGCAGCGCGCGGUUCGAACCGACUGACGAACAUGUGGAUGCCUAUGAUUGGACUCACCGCCCUCCCACACCUGGGGGGGCUUUACGGCGGUUACAUCACACGCAAAGAGGUGAAGACCUGGUACACGACCCUGCAGAAACCGUCCUGGCGUCCACCGAAUGCCGCGUUCCCUGUAGUGUGGACGACUCUGUACACGGGCAUGGGCUACGGUUCCUACCUUGUGUGGAAAGAACUGGGAGGUUUCACUGAGGAUGCAAUGGUUCCACUGGGACUUUAUGGGCUGCAGUUGGCUCUAAACUGGGCCUGGACUCCUAUUUUCUUUGGUGCACACAAGAUAAAAUGGGCGUUGAUCGAGCUUUUGUUCCUUGCUGGGACUGUCGGCGCCACCAUGUGGUCAUGGUAUCCUAUCAGCCGCACUGCCUUUCUCCUCAUGGUGCCCUACCUGUCCUGGCUGGGUGUUGCCACUUCCCUCAACUACUGCAUAUGGAGAGACAACCCUGAGAAGAAGGAAGAGUAGCAGACUAUUUUUUGUGCUAUGAAGGAACAACCUGACUUCAGAAUCAAGUGAAUGUCUUCGAAUCAUUUUUCUAAGUAAUAAAAUUUCAGCAUUAUAAAACUGCUUGGCUUUUGGUUCAUAUUAAGCUAUAGUCAUUGUGUAACAGCUCUCUAAAUAUUUAUUAGGGCAGUUUGAAGUUCCCUAUCAUUCAUUAAAUGACUAACUUUCUUGUUAAUUUUUACAAAAUAAUUGUAUUUUUCCAAGUCAAAAAAAAUAAAUAUAUAAAUCAG